AUGUCUAAAGAUUACACUGAUGGAAAAGCAAACCUAAUGGAAAUCAUCAAGCAAAAGGAAAGAGAAAAGGUAAUAAAUACUUAUUUUCUAAUGAAAUAGAUGGAAUUUGAGAAGAAAAAGAAUGAGAUAGAAUAGUCUUAUGGAAAAUCAAUUAAGAAUCUUAGCAAUAAGUUUGGAAUAGGCGGCAUUGAUUUUAUUGAAGAACAUCUUUAGAGUACAAAUAUAAAAGCUGGAGGUGGUUUGAUUAGUAAUUAGGAAUUGAAACAAAAAAAGUAGUAGAUAGAGUUAGUUAUUGUAGAUGAGCAAGCCAAAAAAAUAGAAGAAGAAAAAUAGAAUGAGUUAAACCGCAGAUAAAUGAAGAUGGAGCAGAAGAAGUUAAGAUCAAAAGAUGCUAUUCAAUAAUAGAGUAAGUUAAGUUUCAUUGAUGAAGAGGAACGUGAGGAAAGCCAGGACGAUUUAAAUCUCUAAUCAAAGCUAAAGAGGAGAUGCUUUGGCAAGAAUCCUGAUGAUAGAUCAAGAGUAGAAGAGGACACUUUCCUUAAGAAAAAGUUGAUAGAAGACUACUAUGACUAAUAAAAGACUUAAAAAGAUAGUAAAGUUGAAAUAACCUAUCAAUAUUGGGAUGGCUCUCACUAGCCAGCCAAAAUGAUCAUUAAGAAGGGUAACUCAAUAGCUGAAAUUAUUAGCUAGGCUUUGCUUAAGCUUGGAGGACUUUACAAAAAUCUAGAUGGAGCUCCUGUGGAAGGUUUUAUGCUUAUCAAGGGUGACUAUAUUAUUCCUGCAGCGAAGCAGACUCAUAUUAGAGAUGAAAUUUUUAGGUUGAAAGCUAAUAGAGUUGUAAAGACUGAAGCACUAUCAAAGAAGGUUCCUUAGGAUGAUGAUUUUGAGUAGAUCGAGAAUUGGGUUACUGUAAGAAUACUUAGAUCUUAAAAAUAUUAGUUCGACCCAACAUCAAGUUAUACUAGAAGUAGUCUGUUUUGA